UAUUCAUUCAUAAAAUCUACGAUGAAGAAGACAUUCCAACUAUCACUCACCAUUCUAACUUUCUUCAUCAUUCUUGAGCUAGGAGUGUUGGGGAAUAUGCAACAAAGAAGACCAGCACAAUGCUAUACUAAUAUUCCAAACAAAUCCGGAAAAUGCGUUCCUGCAGAAUGUAAAGCUGCGUGUACGAAGAUGCACAAGGUCAGUGCAAGUAUUUGUCUACCUCCUGGGAAGUGCCGCUGCUAUUAUUUUUGCUCUUAAUUUAUUUUUAUGACAAAACUUGAGUUAUAUUGUAUUCAAUCAGAAAAUAACUAAUAAAAAUACUGAUAUAUACUUAUAAUAUACCUUGU